AUGCAAGCUCUACUCCAAUCUUCUGAUCUACUGGAUUUUCUUUCCCAAAAACCACUCCAGCUUCAACGCCAACUAUUGUUAGUACCACUGCUAUCGCAUCCACAUCAACCCCUUCAACCAAAUUCUUUUUCGUUUGGGACGCAGUCAUCAGCACCUUCACAACCUUCAUUAUAUGGUAAUGCAGCUUCUUCUUCAUCAGCGAAAUCCACAACUGUAUCGCCGUUGUUUUCCACACUAACUAAUACACAUGCUUCUGCUCCAGCUAGUGGUGCUACUGCAGUUACUUCUACCGGUACUAGCAAUACUACUUCGGGGUUGAGUGCUGCUGCUGUUUCUACUGGCUCUGCAUUGUUUUCGUUUUCGGAUUUUGCUUCUGCUACAACUAGUGUGAUGACUUCUUCAGGGACUGCUACUUGUUCGUUUACUGGAUUUUCAUUGUCCAGUAUAUCCCCGGCUUCUACUUCAAAAUCGCAAACUCAACCAGUUGAUAGUUCUGCGCCUUUAAUCAGUGUCCCUGCUUCAGCUGUUACACUUACAACAACCUCCAGUACGACUGCUUAG